AUGGCAACACAACAAGCCACCCAUUUGAUACCAAAGGAUAUAUUUAUUAAUCACAUCGAUACGUUUAUAUCAUCUCACCUUGGCAAAGUUUUGUUCAAAUCAGUCUUUGGAUCUGGAGUCCCACUUGAUGAGGAUGAAGAGGGUUUAGAAGAGGGAAGCGCCAUUCCGGCUUCACCAGCUGGAUUUAAUAAUAACAUUUUUUGUACUCUCUCAAGUCCUUCUGCCACUCUUAGCUUUCCGGCGUUUGUGAUUAAAUACGACAAAUGGAUUGACCUCUAUCCCAAAAUUAAACAUUGCACCUAUUUUAUUUACAACAUAAACGACGAUGAUCUACAAGUUGAAGAAGCUUUAUGGAUUGCAGAGAAACUUUAUGAGGAAUCAGAGGGCUUUGAAAAACGGAAAGCUUUUGUCUUACUAUCAACUGUUCUUACAUGGUCACAAAUACAAUAUUUGCCUGACGCAAGUGAUAGUGCGUACUUUUAUGAUGCAGAUUACAUCAGACGAAAGGCUCACCAACACUACGGUAGGCAUAUUGCUGCAGAAAAAGAAAUUAAGAGACUUGGUACUCUGAAUAAAUUUAAAUUUUUGACGUAUGUUAUUGCAAGCGGUAUAACAUAUGGUGAAGAAAACGAUGUAUUUCAUCCAUUUCUCAAAGCACGUUUCUUAUCAUUGGAAAACGUUUUUCAUGGUGGAUGGUUGAACAAACCAACUUUGAGUGUGAUCGGUGACGGAAAAAACCUAAUACCAACAAUCCAUGUAAAAGAUCUUGCGAGUAUAGUUUUUGAAUUACUGAAUUUGUGUCCUACAACGCACUACAUACUUGCUGUGGAUGACGGUUACAAUACACUCCUAGAAAUAGUUACGCAAAAGCACAUUGACAGCCUCACCUUGAAUUUACGCUUGGAAGCGCAGUUUGUGCAUGAAAAUUUGCCUUUCAAGUGGGUUAGCGAAAAUGGAAUGGUUACUUCGAUAGAAAGAGUAGUGAAAGAGUUCAAACUCGCAAGAGGCUUGCUACCGAUUAGAAUAUGUAUCCUGGGUCCACCUCUAUCAGGAAAGUCAAAGCUGGCCCAGCUGCUUAGCGAGUACUAUUCCGUGCCACAUAUUCACGUCAAGGGAGUCAUUGAUGAUAGAAUAAAGGAAUUGGAAGAGCAGGUUAAUUUAAGGCAUAAGAAAUCAUCCGAUAAUGAGGGAACUGAGGAAGAGGCAAUUGAUGAGGGUUACGACGGAGCCGAAGAUAGUGAUCUAAACCCUUCUGCACUGCUGUCACAGAUCAAGGAAACUCUCUCCUCUGAGAAGAAUCGCCUAAGCAACGCAAUGGUUUGCAGUUUUAUAAAGAAACGACUAAGUUCAAAGGAGUGCUUAAACCAAGGAUACGUUCUCGAUGGUUUUCCAAAGACAAGAGCACAAGCAGAUCUACUUUUUGGGAUUGCUCUCUCCCCAAACCCCAAUUCCCUGCCCAAGGGAAUUCUUCCAGCCUGCGUCAUUUUUCUCCAGGCUACAGAUGUCUUCCUCUUUAGUCGAGUCCUCAGAAUACCAAACCAUGAAAUGAGGUGCUCACACAACGAUGAGGAGGGUUUUCUUAGGCGUCUCCUCAUCUAUCGCCACGCUCACGCUGGGUCUGAGGUGGCAGCUCUCAUGGCGAGUGAUGAGUUACGAAAGGCUCUCAAUUCGGAGUACCUCCAGAAGAUCACAGCAGGCGAGGCUAGUACGCUGACCUUAAGUGAGCGGAUAGUCCCACUGAUGGCAGGCAGUGUUGGUGCCAAUUCAUUAUGCGCCUUUUUCGAGGACAGAGGCAUUCGUGCUUUUAACUUCGACGUCGAGACAGACACCUCGGGAGUCUUUAACGAAAUUGAGAGAAAGAUACGCGCUGCAAUAGGACCACCAAGAAACUAUGGGCCGUCGACAUCGAAAACGGUGACGAUAAGAGAGAAAAUACGUUUGAAGGAGGAGGAAGAACGCCGCGAGUUGGAGAAGGCAAGAGAGGCUGAGGAGUUCAGACGUCGUGAAGUCCGCAAACGCGAAUUUUCUGGUCUUCUGGAAAGAGUACGCACAGAAGAAGAUGAGGCAUUACUGGAGGCAUCAAAACCACUCCGCGAGUUCUUGUCCAAAUUCGUUAUGCCGACCCUCACGAAGGGCAUUUUUGAGUGCAUCUGGAGACGACCGGAGGAUCCCAUUGAUUAUCUGGCCGAAUACCUCUUUAGAAAUAACGCGCAGGUUGAUUGA